ACGUUUGCAUGAAAAGCACUGUGGGCGGGGGGAUAUUUUGCCUGGGGUGUUUGUUAGAUACAAAAGCGAGGAAUGGAAAGUGCUGCCGUGUAAAUGCUUGUGUUUUUGUGUACGGCACUCACACCCAUGGAUGUCAGUGCAAGUAUCGUGUUCCUGUUGUGUGCUGACCUCCUUAAAGCAGAACUAAAGCCUAAAGAACAACUCAACUAAACAGAAAAAUUUGUCGUCCGACUGCUAACAGCAAAGAUCCAAAAUGGCCUCCAUUAUAACCGAGAACCUCAAAUUCUUUUCCUUGUUUUUUAAAAGCAAGGAUGUUAUGAUAUUUAACGGACUGGUGGCUCUUGGGACUGUGGGUAGCCAGGAGUUAUUUUCUGUGGUUGCCUUUCACUGUCCUUGCUCACCAGGAAGGAACUACAUGUACGGAUUGGCUGCCAUUGGCGUCCCGGCCCUCGUCCUCUUUCUCAUCGGUAUAAUGCUUAAUAACCACACGUGGAAUCUUGUAGCUGAAUGUCAAAAAAGGGCUCUAAAGAACUGUUCUACCCCGGCCACUUUCUUGUUGUUUGGUUCGAUCCUUGGGAGAGCCCUAGUCGCUCCGGUCACAUGGUCUGUGAUCUCGCUGCUCCGAGGGGAGGCGUACGUUUGUGCCAGAAGUGAAUUCCUUAACCCUACAGCUUUCUUGGAUUUCCCUUCAGAAUAUGGGCCUGAUUCUAUGGCUAGAUUCUCUUGUCCAGACACACCAAAGGAGCUCAUCCCUUUUAAAGACGAAGUGAUAAGAAGAUUAAAGUAUGAAUCUCAGUUCCUUGGUUGGAUACUGAUUGCUGUAAUUGCCUCUGCCGCCUUUCUACUCAAGUGCCUGCAGCAUUGCUGUACCCCUUUGAGUUUCCAUCAGGAGGACUAUUGGAAACAGUACCGUUACGCAGAAAAAGACCUGUUCAAUCGUACUGCUGAGGUCCAUGCGAAGGUCCUUGCUGCCAAUAAUGUUAAACAGUUUUUUGGUUUUGUGGCUUUGGACAAAGAUGAAAAGGAUAUAGUCAGCCAGUACCCAGUGGAUGAGGCCCAGACAAGCCCCCAAUGGCAGGAGAUAACUGGAGUGUACCUUUAUCGGGAGAACAAGGGCUUCCCGUUGUACAGCCGUCUCCACAAAUGGGCCAAAAAAGUCAUAGGGAAUGGUAUGGACCCUGACGGGCGAGAAAUGGCCCUCCUUGCUGUAUGAGAAACUGAGGCUAGGAGGAUGGGGUGGGGGUGACCUGGUGAUUGUUAUUGAAUGUCAUAUUUUAUAUCAUCAUGCAUAAAGGGACAUUGAUGUGUCAGUAAACCUUAAAAAUACCUCUACAAGACAGUACCCAUCCAUCUUUGAACUUUAAAUCCAUGGUGCCUGCAAUGAAUGAAGACGUUGGUACUAGAACCUAUAGAUUAGAACCGGCUUCCUGCAAGCUUUUGAAAGGUUGAAUGUUCAGAUUGUGCCUUCAUUGUACCGCACCAACAUUCUCAAAGUGCCUUGGCUACCAACCAAUGAAAAGUGCUGUUUAUACUGAGAGCAUCAAGGGAUCAUUAGCCCGUAUAUUAUACCAUAGAGCAUGUUGGUGAGGAAUAAGGCUUGAAUUCAGCAAUUGGUAGAAAGUGCUAUAUAUUGGAAGGGAUUAGAAGAUCUGUGGGGUAAAACGAAAUGUUACAUUCCUCCAUAUUUUUAUUUUUUUAUGUAGGUCAAGAAUUGUACAGAUGGUAUAUACAUUUCAUUAUACUGUAUAUAUUCAGAUGCUUGCUCUUUUCUUAUUAAAGGAGAUGGAAAGGUGUUUUUACUUGGGGGUGCCAAAAGUUAGGCACCCCCAAUUGAUUGUAUCUACUUACCUGACACCCCUGGCCGGUGCUCCUAUGAGGAGCCUUCCUGCUUCAGCAUUCUGUUCUAAUGCGCAGCGGCAAGAAGAAGCCUAACAUUUGGCACCCCCAAGCAGAAAAUGCCUUUCCUUCUCCUUUAAAUAUCAAUUUUAAAAUGCAGACAAAUAAUUCUUCAUAUUCCUCAUAUUAAUUUACUGAAAGAGGGAAACCUUCUUCAUCAUGUGUAUAAAAUCAUAUCUGGUACAGAAAGUUAACCAGCCUCUGAUUCCUUUAUGAAUCAUUUUCACUGCUGGAAGUACAGAUAGAUGUUCCAGGACAUUUCAGAUUUUUUUCUUUAGUGGGCAAAAACUGACUUCGAAAAAUUUGGCCUGUGCUGUUCUGUAAGACCUGGUCUGUAAACCUCCCACCUGUGACGCUAGUGUUUUAUACACUGAUACGUGUGCAGAACAUUUCUGCUACCGACUGGCCUGUGCUCAUACUCGGAGCCGACGACUCAACCCUAUAAAGAGAAAAGUGGAAUGUAGAAGGAACAGACUUACUGUCUAGGGAGACCAGGAUAGCAGCAGCUUUUAAAUGACUUGUCCUUUUCAUUUUUUAUUCAUUUUAUACUUGUGUCUCAGGAAUUCUUUUAUACCUGUUGUAUUACUUGUAACUGAUUUUUUUAAAGAUUAAAUCUAAAGAUUUUUCAAA